ACACCGUUCACAGCACCUGAAGGACUUGAGUUGCAAUUUUUUUAUGAUCCAAGAAAAAUGUUUGUAAAUUGCAAAAAGAAUCUUCACCUUUCACGCAAAUGUAGCAGUCAUCACGUGCUCACUCAGUCACUCUCUCUCGCAAUAUAAGCACACGCUCAAUCCAAUACUUGCAGUGGAAUUAACAAUUCACUUUGCAGAGUAUGGAGGAACAGAAGCAGAAAUUCUCUCAAUUCAAAGGCCAGCCAAGGCUUCCCAAAUUCGCAAUCCCCAACCGCUAUGAUCUCAAACUGAAACCCGACCUCACCGCAUGCAAGUUCACCGGCGCCGUCGACAUCUCCGUCGACAUUGUCUCCGUCACUAAGUUCCUUGUUCUUAACGCCGCCGAACUCUCCGUCAGCCCUGACUCCGUCAAUUUCACAUCCAAUAAUAAGGUGGUUGAGGCGUUUGAUGUGGACAUGUGUGAGAAGGAUGAGAUAAUGGUGUUGGAGUUUGAGGAGAAUUUGCCGCUUGGAGUUGGAGUUUUAAGCAUGGAUUUUGAGGGGACCCUCAAUGAUAAAAUGAAAGGGUUUUAUAGAAGCACCUAUGACCAUAAUGAGGAGAAGAAAAAUAUGGCUGUUACACAGUUUGAACCAGCCGAUGCAAGGCGUUGCUUCCCUUGUUGGGAUGAACCUGCUUGUAAGGCUGCUUUCAAGAUUACGUUGGAAGUACCAGCAGAACUCAUAGCUCUUUCCAACAUGCCAGUCAUUGAAGAAAAAAUCAGUGGGAAUCUUAAGACAGUAUAUUAUCAAGAAUCACCAAUCAUGUCCACGUAUUUGGUAGCAGUUGUUGUUGGCUUGUUUGAUUAUGUUGAAGAUCACACCCCUGAUGGAAUCACUGUUAGAGUAUACUGCCAAAUUGGCAAGGUAAAUCAAGGGAAAUUUGCCCUCGAUGUUGCUGUUAAAACACUUGGCCUUUACAAGGAAUACUUUGCAUUGCCAUAUUCUCUGCCCAAAUUGGACAUGAUUGCAAUUCCUGAUUUUGCUGCUGGAGCUAUGGAGAAUUAUGGACUAGUUACAUAUCGAGAAACUGUUUUGCUCUACGAUGAUAAGCACUCUGCAGCUGCUAACAAGCAAAGGGUUGCCACUGUAGUGGCCCAUGAACUUGCACAUCAGUGGUUUGGCAAUCUUGUGACUAUGGAAUGGUGGACACAUUUAUGGCUGAAUGAGGGAUUUGCAACAUGGGUGAGUUAUUUAGCUACUGAUAGAUUGUUUCCAGAGUGGCAAAUUUGGACUCAGUUUCUUAUGGAAAGUAAUGAAGGGCUUCGACUAGAUGAGCUUGCAGAAUCUCAUCCCAUUGAGGUGGAUAUAAAUCAUGCACGUGAAAUUGAUGAAAUUUUUGAUGCAAUCAGUUACCGAAAGGGUGCAUCUGUCAUUCAGAUGCUACAGAGUUAUCUUGGCCCCGAAUGUUUUCAGCGGGCACUUGCUUCAUACAUAAAACGGUAUGCUUGCUCAAAUGCAAAGACAGAAGAUUUAUGGUCUGUUCUUCAGGAAGAAUCUGGUGAGCCAGUGAUCAGGCUAAUGAACUCAUGGACAAAGCAGAAAGGUUAUCCUGUUGUCUCAGUGAGAGUCAAAGGCCAAAAAUUGGAGUUUGAGCAGACUCAAUUUCUAUUGAGUGCUUCUCGUGGUGAUGGGCAAUGGAUAGUUCCUGUAACGUUGUGCUGCUCCUCUUAUGAUGCUCGUAAAAAUUUCCUGCUGCAAACAGCAUCUGGAAGUGUUGAUUUGAAGGAGCUCUCAUGUGCCUCAGUUUCAAACUUCAGUUCUUGGAUAAAAGUUAAUGUAGAUCAGACUGGGUUCUAUAGGGUUAAAUAUGAUGAGGAUUUAUCGGCUAGACUUAGACUUGCAAUAGAGAAAAAAUGCCUGUCAACAUGUGAUAAAUAUGGGGUAUUGGAUGAUUAUUACGCAUUGUCCAUGGCAUGUCAGCAGUCAUUGACCUCUUUGCUUACGUUGGCAAGUGCUUACAGGGGGGAACGUGAUUACAUUGUUCUGUCUAACUUGAUCAGUAUAAGUUAUAAAGUUUCAAGAAUUGUGGCUGAUGCUGCUCCUGAAUUACUAGACAAUGUCAAGCUGUUUUUUAUCAACCUUUUCCGGUAUCCUGCAGAGACACUUGGUUGGGAUCCUAAACAAGGGGAAGGUCACCUUGACGCCAUGUUAAGAGGAGAAUUUUUGACCAAAAUGGAGGAAAAGAUGUUUUGUUAUAUAAGUAAAAUAGUUGGGGAUGAAUUAUUGUGCACACAAAUAUUGUGGAUAGAUUCGUCAGGUUUCGCCAAGAUUGGUGAUAAAAACUUAAUCUACCAAAAAAUUAAGACUGCGCUCUCGAGUGGAGUGAUAGUUAUAGAAAGAGUCAUGGCGAGACAAGCUGUUUAUCAUUACAAUGUCUGUCAAGUAAAGUACAAUGAUAGAUGCAGUGUAGGCAUAGACAUCAAAGCAGAUCAAUAA